UUCAGCCGUGAGUAGACGUGAAAAACUUGUACACAUUUUCCAAGUGGGAAAAUUGUGGUAAAAUCUUCAAAAAAUAUUAUAAAAAAUUGAUAAAAAAUAAGUGAGUAGUGCGCGCUUUACGAAAUGACAAAAAUAAUGUAGAAAUACGUGGUUUAAACACGUAAUUUCGAGGUUAAAAAAUUUUUCUAUGCGAAACUCGCUAUUAAAGCCAGUCGCGCUUUAUUCGCCAAUACUAAUAAUUAGUGAAAAACCUAUUUGAAGCCCUAAUAAGUGACGUUUACAAGUGCAUUGCGGAAUUUCCAAAUUAUUAAAUUAACUAAAAGUCAUAUUGUGAAUUGAAUAAUGAACUGUGUAAAAGUUCAUAUUAUAUAGAAUGUGACUUGAUUUCAUUGAAAAUGUUUUUGUAAAUGAACUGAAAUUUAAACCUAGAUCGAAAAUGCAUAUUAAGUUAAUCAGCAACAUAAUAAACAUACAACGAGUAAAACCGAAAAUAUUCCUAAAACGAUAUAAGUGAAUUAAUUUUACUAGUCUAGAAGGUAAAUUAAGUGAACUGCAUAGUUUGGCACUGAAAAUAACGACAGUGGAAUCGCCAAAAAUAAAACGACGCUUCAACCGCAAACCAAGGAAGCGUAAACGGAAUCGGAAUUCAAAACGCGAACGCAAUCACAACUUAAAUAACGCAGGUUACGUUCGAAAGGACUUGGUUGUGUGACGUUUUCUUUUUAAAUACAAAAUUCCACGGAAAAUUAAACCCACUCGCGACAAAUCGAAAUUUGCUAAAAUCUAGCAACAGUUGUCGCAUUUACUUGGUAGCUACAUACCUAAAUUGAUUAUUAAAUAAUUUGCAGUGUUAGAGCCGAACGCUAGGUGUAAAAGUGCACUGUGUUUUUAAUUGAGAGCAAACAGCAAUUCAGUGAUGUCCCCUGAUGUAAUGGCUUACAAUGUAAUGUUCAGAAAAAAUAGAUAUUCCCGCAACUACGAAGCCAAAAACGUUUGUCUAACCACAACAAUCGUAUCAGCACAUCUAGAAGCAGCAACAAAAGCAAUUUCAAACACCUUCUAUAAAGCUUUUCAACUAAUUGGAACAACCACCACCAGUCACUACAAGGAUUACAUCAAUAGUAAACACCUAACACUUUGUUGCGCAUUAAGCCCCCAUGUGGGUGGGGGACCGCCUCCAACAGCAUCGGUAGGAUUAGCGCCUGGUUUAAAUAAUGAUAAUAGUUAAGUGAGCGAAUUUCGAAAGCGCAGAAGUCUAAAUUUGAAUACAUGCUCUAUUAGCAGAAUCCAUUAUUUUGAAGAAUAAUUAAGGUGUAUUGAACACAAACAAAAAUCGUUUACAAUAAAUAAUAUUUGCCUUGAAUUGCGCGUUAAAAUUAAACAUUACUACUUUUUUUGAUAAGUUUUUUUUUGGAAGUUUCAAGUAUUUGUUGCAAGCUCUGAUGCCAGACGCAUUCAUAAAACCAAAACAAUAGUUGUAACAUUGCUUAGCGAAUGAUGCCAUUGCACUCGUCUGGUAUAAUUGUCGUAGAGAAGCCAACAACAGCAGUGACAACACAAUCAGGCAGCGGGGCAACAAGCGGCGUGGUAGCGGCGACAUCAAAGUUAGCCACGCAACAGUCGCAGCCACAAUUUUAUCAAACAAAACAGACUACUACAACAGCAAAGUCAGCAACAACAACCAUUGGAAAAUAUUACGAAUAUUAUGGUGCGAAUGAUGUGCGACAGCCGCAACAACAACAACAACAACAGAAACAGCUACAACAUAAUGUUGCUGGCAGCAACAGCAACAGUAGUAGUAGAAGCCAAACACAGUUGCCACUAAUGCGACGUGCAGUGCAGCGCAGUAGCAGUAACAGCAAUAAUACUAUUAAUAAGUGCAACAAUACUAUAACGACUACAGCAACAACGGGAGGAGCAACGAAUACGAGAAUCAAACACAUUAAUGUAAAGCAGCAGCAGCAACAACCACAAACAAUACAGAUGAAUCAACAACAACACCAACUUAUACAGCAUACCACAAUCCAGCAGCAGCAGCAACAACAAAUUCAUCAACAGCAGUCACAACAGCUGGCCACACAGCUGCAGUCUAGCCAGCCUAAGCAGCAACAGCAACAUGUGCAAAAGCAACAUCAGCUGUCACAACAAAUGCAUACACAACAGCAAAAAUCGCAGCAACAAACGCAGCCACAGCAGCAGCAGCAGGUGAUACAAGUAAGCGAAGAAUUUAUUGAGCAAGCGGCUGCUUCGGGUGCCACCAAUAUGAUGAUAUCGACCACAACCGGUGAGGUGCUAAACCCACAAAUCUUCAAAAUCGUUACUACAGAUGGCACAACCGGCAACAUGAUAAUCGAUGGUGGCAGCGCUACAGCUGUCGGUGGCGGUGGUCAAUCGAAAGUGCUGCUUAGCAAUUUAACCGUUUUGGCCAAGCCGUCACCCAACACGCCAGGCACAACGGCAACAUCGACGCUGAGCGUUGGCGCAGGUGGUGGCUUAUCCACGCAGCAACAGCAACACACCAUAAGUGUUAGUAGCGGGAGUCAAGCACAACAGGCACAAACUAUAAAUUAUAUGAGCACCAAAAACUUGUCAUAUUUAACCACAGCAGCAGCUGCGGCCGCACCAAUUACCACUGGCGGUGGUAAGACGCCAAAAUAUACCGUUACAGGCACAUAUAAGACAGGUGUAAAGCAGCAGCAGCAACAGUUGAACUCCACAACAUAUAUACAACAGCCGCAGCAGUCGACGGGGCAAAACACUUCACAGGGAGCGCAGCAGACGCAGCAAUUGUAUCAAAAGCUGUCUGUGCCGCGCCACGUACAGAUGGUGACACGUGUUGUGCAACAGCCAACGGCUUCUGGUACAUCGAUGACAACAAACCCAGGUCAACAACAGCAAUCACAGCAGCAGCAGCAACAACAUACACAGAUGUUGGUGCAACCUGUUGUGGGUGCGCAAAAGUAUUUGAGCAGCAGUGCAACAACGAAAAGUGUCAGCGUUGCCGGCAACGGUGGCAACAUGUUGAAGAAGACGAAUAGCUUGAAGGUGACGCAUGGUAAUAGCAAAGUUUUGAACAAUCUCCAAAUGCAGCAGACACCGGGUGUCAAGACUACCUAUAUAACACAGCAGCAGCAACAACAGUACCAAUUGCAUCAGCCGCAAUACCAGAGUGGCGCUAAAGUGAAAACGUCCAAGUUGCUCAAACAAUUCAAUAAUGUUAUUAACAAUAACAGCAAUGCCAGUAGCGGCGUCAAUAUGAUGCAGCAGCAAUCACUGGGCACCUACACCAUAAGCAACAGCAGCGGUGGCCACAAACUGCAACCGACCACAACAAAAGUGACUAAAAUGGCCGGCGGCAAAUAUGCUACGCACCAAACGCAGCUGCAACACGUCACAACUUUGCCACAAGGCACACAUCUGCAUCACAAAACCUUGCCACAACAACAACAACAAACGCAGCAGCAUCAAUUCUCGACCGGCAGCAAUAAUGUGGUCACACUCGCAGCGGGCGCUGGAAAUAGCGGCAGUGGAAGUGUUGCCAACAACUCUAAUAAUACAAUAAAAUUUGUAAAUUCCACACAUGCCACGGUAAUACAGCAACAUCAGACGCAAACAUUGCCCAUACAGCAGCAACAGCAACAGACUAAAGUGACAUUGCGUCAGCAUGCGCAGCAGCAGCAAUUGCAAUUUGUCGAUGCACCAACAACAACAAACAUUGUUAAGGAAAACAACAGCAGUAAUACUAUUUACCAGCAGCAACAGCAAACGCAAGCUGCCAAUAACAACAGCAACGCCGGCGCACAAACGUUGAUAAACGAUGAUAUAAUGGUCGUCAAUGGCACGCCCAUGACAGACGAGGUGUCCGCACGCAUACUGCAAAGCAUGGCCCAAAAAUCUUUCAGCAACCAACAACGCUAUCAGCAGCAGCAACAUCAAACAAAGGUCGCCGCAAUGCCACCACCCCCGCAGCAACAGCAACAGCAAAUUGUGAUACAACAUACUUCACCGACGUCAGUGUUGCUCUCCCCCAAAGAAUAUCCCCUAUAUAGCGGUAACCAAUUGUCUGCCCAACAGCCGAACCAACACGGCAGCACGGUGCAACAACAGCAAAUGUCUGCAUCUCCUAACAUUAGCACACAAUACACGAAUCCAGUGCAGCAUCAGACUCCUGCCUCAGCAGCCACCACUUACUUGUCAGCUUCGGCAACCAAUGGCGGCGCCGUUUACGCAACAAUGUCCACAUCCGGCGCCCCCAAUAUCGGACGUCAAACGCAUAGCGCACCCGGCAGUCGUACACACUCUUUGGAGCGCAACAAGUCAUAUGAGGCCAACACAACAAUCACACGCAAAUCCGCCGCGGAUUACUACAAAUCCAAUAGCAGUAGUAGCGGCGCGGGCGCACGCGGUCAUCAUCAUGGUAGCACACAGGGUGCACAUGCGUUAUCGACAAGCAUAUCGAAUAUACCGCUUGAUACACAACAACAACAGCAACAUUCGUCAGCGCAAAUAAUACACCUGCAAACACUGAAGACAUCGCUAGCAGCCACCAAUGCGACACUGGCGAAUAGCAGCUACACUAUCGCCACAAAUAGUGCAGCCUCAGCUGUCAACACUAAUGCAGCCACUGAUGACGAAGAUAUCAUUGGUGAAGAGGUGCGACCGACACCAGUGAACACGCAAGAUCUGCGUUUGCGCAUCUUGCAUGCCGUACAGCAGGAUCACACCUACGCCAAUGCCAUGCCCACGCAUCUCUCGGCUGCAGAGUCCGCAAAGAGCGUUGGUGGUGCGCAAGCGGCUAGCAGUGUCGCCCACACGAGCAAAGUGGGGGUCACAUCGAAUAGUACAAUGUUGGCAGGUGCUGCGUCGCAGUCGCAGCUACAAUCGGCACUGGCCGCCAAUUCGGCCGGCGGCAGUCAGCAAUGGUCACUGGGCGGCAUUGGUGCUACUGUGGCGGCGGCAGGACAAACGGGCCUAGGCAAUAUGCUGCCCACGCCGCCAUCAAGCGGUCAAUCGACAUAUACUUUGCACGGACAACAAAUACCCCGCAUGCAACAGGAUGACGAUGCUCAUUCGGCCAUCAGUAACGGUUCGCGUAUUGCUAUCGGCGAUAUUGAUCCUGGCGAAGAAACCGAGACUGCACCCGAAGCCGAAGCUGAAGAUGAUUCGGUGACGCGUUGUAUCUGUGAUUUGACGCACGACGAUGGCUAUAUGAUAUGCUGUGAUAAGUGCUCCGUGUGGCAGCAUGUCGACUGUAUGGGCAUCGAUCGUCAGAAUAUACCCGAUGAGUACCAGUGUGAAGUAUGCCAGCCGCGAUCGGUGGAUAAGGCGCGCGCACGUGCACUGCAACUAAUGAAACGCAAAGAGCAAACUCAGCUUUUACUUUCGGCACAGUCAGCACAUGCGACCGGUUCCACUGGCGCUUACUUAAGUGGCGCUAGCGGAGCAGGCAACCUGAGUGGCAAUUAUCAGUUGCAAGAUGGACAACAAAGGCAUCUAGGCGUCAGCAACUCAAAUGCGUUUAUGUUGGGUAGCGGCGUUGACGGCAACAUGCAUGGACUGCCAAAUACAACGACGCUCGGCACGACCAAGAAAGGUAAGGUGUUGAAGAAAACCGCCAAAGAUGCAGCUGCUGGUAAGAAAUCUAAAAAAGCCGAGAAACUGGCUGCUUUAGGUGGCAAACCGCCGCGCAAAGACUCGGGCGCCACCAAGAAGACAACGAAACGCAAGUCGAAGAGUAGCGAUGGACUGAGCGCCACUGCAACCGCUGCAGAAAAGCAUGCAGCCAAUCUGCGCCAAUGGAUUGAGAAUUACGAAUUGGCCGUAACCAACCACUAUUCGCCCGAGUUGCGUGCGCGUCUACAUGCGAUCACCAAGCAACCGAGUCUGCUGCAAAGCAUAUUAAAUACGGAGAAUCGUGCACUGAAGGAGUGUUGCAAUAAUGGCUUGGAGAAUCGCGCCACCACUGUGCCACAUGCAGGCGGUAAAAUACUUAUUAGCAACAUGGAUAUUGCGCCGAGUUGCCCCAUCUUCGAAUUGCGCGGCAAAUACAUGCUUAGUCCGCAGUAUAAAACACAAAACGCGUCGGUGAAUAUGAAUUCGCCGCCACCCAGCAAUUUUCUAGCAGCUACGCUAAAAGCGCAUAAAACGCCUGGCCCCUUCAUUUUCUUUUACCAGUUACCGGACGCAGAGGCGCCCAUGCAAACGAUGAACCAAGAUGGCUCAUAUCCACCGCUGCCGCCACAACCAGCUUAUCUCAAGGGUCCGGAGAUAUGCGUCGAUACACGUACCUACGGCAAUGAAGCGCGUUUCGUGCGUCGCUCAUGUCGACCCAAUGCCGAAAUACAGCAUCUCUUCGAGAAGGGCACAAUACACCUCUUUAUUGUGGCAACAAUGCGCAUACGCGCAAGCACCGAGAUCACCAUCAAGCAUGAGCCACACGAUUUGCUGGCGAUUGAUAACAAAAAGGCGACCGCCAGCAAUUGCAUUGUGCAACCGACGAGCACAGCAUGCGCAUGCGGCCUACUCAAGGAUUGCCUCUUCGGUCCACCGCCGACGCAACAGUCUUUGGGCGCGGGCGGCGCAACGAAAUCCAGCAGUCGGAAGUCAGCGCUCUCCACCACCUUAAAUGGUGGCGUACAGCUCAACAGCAGCGCGGCGGCUUUGCAACUGACUAUGGGUGGGUUGCCAGCUGGCAGCAGCAAGAAGAAAGGCGCCACGCAAAACAUCAAUCGCAAUCGUUCGACUUCGUCCAGUGGUGACAGCAGCAUCGGCACAACCGUCGCACCUGGCAUGAAUAGCCCGAGCGUAGCUUUGCCUACAGCGCCGCUGAAUAUGAACGCCAGCCUGAGCAAUAGCUCGUACAAAAGUAAUGGUGGUCUUAACAUUUUGUCGGCGCACGCGCUUGCCGCAUCGGCUGUAGUGCCCAAUAGCAAUGGCAAUAUGAGCGCCACCUCCUCGGUUUCGAGUGUAAUGCAUGAUUCGGGUAUUUGUACUUCGUCAUCGUCGCCAUCCGUCUCGAUACCAUCACCUACAAUCUUACACAUGCACUCACCGACGCCACAGGCGCAGUCGCAACCACAACAGCAGGCUCAGCAGCAGCAGUCCGUACCAGCAGCAACGGGCGCUCAGCGCGGCAGCACUGGCGCGCUCUUUGUGCAACACAGUCCGCAGCAACAGCAACAACACCAGCAGAUCUUAGGCGCCUUGCCUACACCGUUGCUUUUAUCGCCGUCACAGCAACUAGUGCAGCUGCCACCACAACCGUCACAACAACAAGUACCAGCUACAACUAACAAUGUAAGUGCACCCCUGUUGCAAGAGGUGACCAGCGCUGAAACAACAACGCCUACCGCAUUGGCACCAGCGGGCGGCUCAACGCAACCGCAGACGAAUUUACUCAUUCAACAGUCGCAAGAGCAACAACUGCACCACAGCGAACUCGCUGGUCCGACAAUAAGUGACGCGUCUUUGGCCGCGGCGGCAGCGCUGCAAUCGCUCAACACUGCUGUGACACUAACCAGCAGUUGCGCAACGUUAGCGCCAAGCGCCGCAAUAACCAAUAACAGUAGUGUUGUUGUUAUCACGCCUGAAACCAUAACGCCUCGCGCAGUUGAUGCGAGUGAGGUCGAACAGCAGCAGCAACAGACACAAUACUUUGUUGCCACCCCCAUGCCGCCAGCAGCUCAACAGGAUUUCGUUGAUGGCAGCAUGCAAGAGGCAGCACCUCAGCAGCAACAACAUCAACAACAACAACAGCAACCAACACAAACUUUAACCACUGUUGAACUACCACCACCGACACAGACUCCUGUUGCUAUUGGCGCCGCCUCGCCCAACGCUGGCCCGAAGUCGCCACAGAAGCACAGCAACAAUGCAGUGCACGCCGCGUACGUACCACCGAAUACUGCGCGUAGCCAUAAAACGCCUGGCACCAAGUCGUCAAGCUCGCGUUCCACGAGUUUCUCGGAGGACGAUCAUCAACAGCAGCAACACAACACGAGCAGCGGUAGCGUCAAUGAUGACUCAACUGUCGUGACACCAAACUCAAAAGAUAAGCCAAAGCUUUCACGCGAAGAUCGUAAAAUGGAAGCCAUAUUGCGCGCGAUUGAGAAAAUGGAGCGAAAUCAGCAACGUAAAAAUCAAACCAAAUCUGGUGGCAGUGCGUCUUCCGGUGCCACUAAGCGACGCAAUAGCAAUAGUAAUUCGCCAACCACGCCCACAAAACGUAGCAUGGGCGAGCUGAGCAACAGCAGCGGACGCGUGUCGGCGGCUAAUGCGCGCAAGAAAAAACGCAAAGCACACAAAUCGUACAGCGGUCAUAGCGCACAGGCGCGCAAGCGGCGCAAAAGUCGCAUGAACAGCAGCAACGAAUCCGUUGACGACACAGGCAAUAGCGCUGGCAAUGCCAACGCGCAUUCGGAAGCAGAGUCCACAUCGUUGUUAUCACCAGCCGCGCAAUUAGCAACCACAGCGCCCAAUUAUCAGCAUACGCAAGCGGAGCACAGCGAUACGCUCGCUACCACUAACGAAGAUCAGGCUGCGGGGCUGCUGCUCGCUUUCGCCAAUCCCAAUCUGAAAAUGUCGCCGACGCCGCAACAAUCACCGCAAGCAGUGGCCUCACCAACCGCACAACAGCAGCAACAGUAUGCGACGCACUACGCGCUGGAGCAAUUGAAAUCGCCGCAACAUCGCACGACAACCAGCAGUGGCAAUGGCGCUUCACCGCCUGCCACGCCAGUGAGUUCCGCCUGCCUGCUAAUCGAAGCGGCUGUUGGCCCACUGCAAGAGCACAUGGACGGCGCUAGCCCAAGUGGUGAGUUCAAAUACCCCAAUAAAACUAAAACGAAGAAAGUGCUCAUGUCCAAUUGGCUACUGAAUCAAGUAGAUGCCGAUACCAGCGGUAGUGACUCGCCACCGCCGACUGCGCCAACACCACCACCAGCCACGAAUAAUAACGGCGCUGACGCCUUAGUGCCACAAACAACACCCUUGCCAACUGGCACAAUGCUGGGCUUGGACUCUUUGGUACAAGCGGCGACAAUGUGUGACUACAGGAAGCAGCACAACGAGGCGGACGCCAGCUAUAUGCCCAACGAUGCGCAUUGUGGCACGCCCAUGAGCGUAGAUGAACCAGAAAAUCUCAGCAUGGCAGCCCAGAAAGUCGAAGAGUUCAUACAGCAAACAGAGCGUGGCAACAGCGGCGUCUAUAAUCCGACCACAAUCGCUGGUGCUGGCUGUACGCCACGCAGUCUGCUUCAUCUGCCGUUGCAGGUGAGCACUUGCAGCAAUAAUUCCUCGGUCAAGAAACGUUGGUUGCGCCAAGCGAUCAGCGAGGAGACCACCACAGAUGAGUCGAUGACGCCGACACCUACCGCUGCAACCAUGUCCGCGGGCUUGCAAAAUGCCUCACCCACAACCGCGGCGGCGGCCGCGCACUUGAACGCGGUGCUGAAUGUGCCCAAUGGCUUUACGACGCCGCUGAAGAAGCGUCGACUUAUCAUCAGUGGUGACGUGAAGGAGGAGGAGGAUAUGGGUGGCAGCAGUGUUGCUUCACCGGCAGCUGGCGUUAGCAACGUCUUCGAGUCGCCAGUAGUUGGACUAGUCAAGGCAGAACCAACAGCAACGGCGCUUAGCGCCGGAAGUAUGCACACAAGGGCAGCGGAGCAAGUGGAUGUGAUGAAUGUAAACGCUGGCGUAACGUCAAGCGCGUGUAUAAAGCAUGAGGCUGAGACGAGCGAUGAGGAGGAAGUCGAUGAAGAGGAGGAUGAUGCGGAGGAGGAGCGCGAUGAUGUCGAUGUCGUAGGUGGCGUUGGCGUACAUGAGCUGCAAACAACUGCAACAACAACAAUAGCACAUGUGGCAGAUACAAGUUUUAAGCUGGAAGUAACUACAAAAGAAGAGCGCUUGUUGGAAGCGCCACAACAGCUGGAGACAGCAGCGGAUGAGCUGAAGCCGGAUGCUAUGCUUAUUGAUCAAGACGACGAUGUGGAUAUUUUGCGUUCGCCUAGUCCAGGACAUCAGCAAAUGCUCGCGGCGGAAGAUAAUCUGGUCAAAAUCGAACCGGAAGACACAAGUGGCGGCGAUGAUGUUAAAAUUGAUGUGGAGCGCGAAGAGAGCAUGGCGGGUGAUAAGUUUGAGGAGAUGGUGUUAAUGCAAGUGAAGAAGGAAGAGGCCGCAAAUGACGUUGCUGAAAGCUCAAUUACAAUAGCAGCAGCAGACGCUGCUAAAGUCAGUGCAGUGGAGGAUGAAAAGCCCAUAAAAUCUGCGCCGACUGAAGAAAAUGCUCUUGUGGCGAAUGAAAAACCAUAUCAGCAUUUGUUUGACCUUACAAAAGUGGCGCAACCAAAGAAGGAAGAGCAUACACAUACAUUUACAGCAAGUAAUCCUAAAGUGGAAACUUCGCAAUCUUCGGAGUCUACAUACACCACUGCAGUUGCGCCUGUGGACGCUCAGGAGCGCCUAUCCACCACACCUACCAAAACAUCGCCAUUGAAAUUACUCACACUCGAUGGCAGCAGCGUCAUUACGCCUGAUGAGCCGCUCAAGAAACGUCUCAAGUUGGAGACCUCACUUGUGGAGACCUCAGCUACAAUGACAGAGGUGCAGCAAACUUCGUUGCUAAAACCGUUAUCUGCGCGCAUGCACGAGAUGUCAAAGCAAAGUGACAAUAAUGAUAUUGUGCCAAGAACAACGGCUGCAACUGCUCCACCCACAGCGACGCUGAAAGUUGAGAAUUGCACGCCCAACACGCCUGCAACCGCUGCCACACAACCGAAUUGUAUGACAUUUUUAGCCGCAGCCGCAGCAGCUGCUAUUGAGCGCAAACCACCACCACCACCACCAGCAAUUACAACGGCUGCAGCGCAGACGCCAAUUACUACACAGUUUACAACCACAAUUGGGUCAAUAGCUGCAAACAUCAACAGCGUCACAGCGGUAGCGUCUGCCGUCAACGCGUCGAACUCGGAAGCUGGUACUGUUAAUGUGAAUAAUGUGGCAACGCCAAUGUCUAAUAACGGUAGCGUUUCGACGGCGCUCGCACCGCGCAAACAGAAUGCCGCUAACAACAAUAAUAGCAAUGAACGCAAAGUACCGCUAACCGAUGAUGACAUACAAGCCUGUCUGCAUUCCUUCCACAAGGAGAAUAUAUUGAUCUUACAGUCACGCAACAACAAAAAGUCGAAAUCAAAUACCACCACAGCAACAGCGCUUGGCGGUGGCGCCAACGAGUUGGUGGCUAAAAGUGCUAAGUUUAUGGAAAACAAAUCGUCAGCCACAACGAAUUAUUCGUCGCAUCACAGUCAUCAUUCUACGCAUGCGCAUGCGCAUGCGCAUAACGACACCGCGAAAAGUGUGGGCAGCAGCAGCAAACACAGCAGCGCCUCCAAGUCGUUGACCAAUUCGAGCAGCAGUGGCUCGUCUUCGACUAAGAAACUGCAUAAGAAGGAGCGCAACGGCAAGGAGCGUACCAGCAGUAGCAGUCGUUCUUCUUCGGCGCACAGCGGUAAAUUGUCGAGUUCUAGUUCGAAAAAGGUGUCUUCAUCAUCAUCGCAUAAAAAGGAUUAUGUCAGCGGCAAAAGUAGCGGCAGCUCCACACCGGUGCCGAGCACCAAACAACAAACACAUAGCAGUGCAUCCAAUUACAACAACUCGACCAACAGCAACAGUGCGUCUGCUGGUAGCGAUGCCAAAGAUCGCGCUGAUGAACGCCGCGAACGCGACAAUAAUCGCUUCGAUAAAGAGCGCCAUCAUCAUCGUCAUCGCACCACGUCGUCAUCAUCGAAUGCCAGCACUGCAGUGCCACAAUCACAAACACUCGCUGCGACCAACUCAACCACAUCCACGCCACCGCCGCCCAUCAACAAGAAGCGUCAGCUGAAUUUCGAGCAGGAACUCACGAAAGAUUUGCCAUUGGUGAAUGCUGUCACCAGCAACAGCAAUCGGCAUCGCAAAGACAGCGGCAGCCGAGACAGUCGCGAGGAUAUGUUUAGCUCAUCCUGCUCAAGUAGCAACAGUAGCCUGGCGGCGCGUAAGAGACGCGAGUCUUCGUCCUCUUCGGGUGGCGGCAGUCGGCAUCGACAUAACAGCGGUGGCAGUUGUGGCGGUGCGGACAAAGACGCUUUAGCCGCACAUAAAUCGGCGGUAGCUGAACAUAACGGCAUAUUAGCUAGCGCACACGUGUCACCGCUGCCACCACCCACCUAUGUGCGUGAGCAUGUCGCCAUACCGCACUUCAAUAAUGUCGUCGUCAGCGGUCCACCACCACCGCUCAUGGCCGCUUACUUCAGUGGCAUUGGUGCGGUGACUGGCAGCAAUGUAGACGCCUCCAUGGGUACACCCAUCGCCACCUAUGUACCAACGCCAGCCAUGCCGCCUACUGUAGGCACAGCAUCGCAACCGACACACAAUCACAACCUCUUGAAGACACUUCCCAUGCAGCCAGUGCUUAGCCAUUUGAGCGCAGCAGUGCAUAUGCAGUCAACACUGCCAACGUUGUCUUCGUCCAACGGCGGUAAUGUAACGGUGUUGCCGUCAUCCUCGGCUACAGUGAUGCCACCCGCAAUGCACUCUCCCGGGGCCGCUGGAGGCUUGCUGCCUGGUAACAGCGCCGGCGUCAAUUCGGCAGCGUCGACCUACAAUAGUAUUUAUGGUAAAUUGCGUGAUAAUCCUUCCACCAUAGUGCCGCCGAUAUUGAGCGCUGUAACAUCCACGUUAGCAGGUGGUCCGUCAGUGACUCCGAGUGGUGGCGUCAGCAAAACAGCCAUAACCGCGGCAACAGCAAAUACUUCAGCGAAUAUCAGCCUAUCUGAAUAUUUGGACACUAAAGUGAAGAGCUACAGCACCACAUUGGGCGGCUAUGCAACACCAGCACACACUUAUAUUGGUGGCAGUGGCACUACCAGCGCGGCCGGCAAAACAACGAACAACAACACAUCGAGUAAUAGCGCAACCGCCGCGGAAAGUAUAACCGCUAUGGUAACACCACUAGAGUCGCCAGCUGCUAGCAAAUUGCCAACACCACUAAAACUACCGCUUACAAGAACCGCUAGUCACGAUCCGCGUCUCAAUCCGCAGUUAAAUGCACCCGAACCGCCGCCAGCGCCAAAACGUAAGCUCUCCAUCAAUGAGUAUCGUAAGCGUAUGCAAUUAUCAACGGACAGCACAACGCCAUCAACACCCGAACCACCGGCGGUUAGUAGCACGGCGUCGACGCCAACGGCACACAUGACGCCCACUUCGCUGAACAACAGCUUCGUGCAAGCUUACAAUAGCAUUGUGAAUGCUUCGCCCGAGGAGAUGGCGCGACAGUUGUCAGCAUCGCCAACAACACUAACACUUAACAAGUAUACACUCAAUUCGCCGGAACGCAAGCGUCGGCAUAGCGGCUCGGACAAAGAGCAGCGGCAUAGCGUGUCUUAUGAUGAUGUGUCCGGACUGUUGAACAGUAGCACCGGCAGCAGCAGCAGUUGUGGCAAUGCGAGCGAUAACGCGUUGACGAAUGUGAACCACGAAGACGAAGGCAGAAAAGGUCAAUUUAGCGCAGCACCCACAUUACUCGAGAAACAGCAAGAGAAGCUUUGUGAACGUUUAAAACUAUUGCGCAAUAUGAAAAAGAGUGUGGCAACGCUGAGCAGUGCCGCAAGUGAGUUUGCGACCCUCAAAAAAGACUGUGAUCUCUAUGUGAAUCGUACGAACAGCAUCUCGUCCACGGACAAUUUGGACAAUUGUCUAGAGGAAAUCUCCUCUUCCUCCUCCUCCUCCUCCUCCUCCUCGUCCACAUCGCGCGCCUCUUCGCGUGAGGCAAGUCCCGAACGCAGUGGUGUUGUCAGCAGCAACAACAGUGCCAGCAUCUGUAAACGUGCCACCAGCACCACUAGCUCUAACCAUAAGUGGCUGCAUGAGCCAGAAACAACAACAACGACGAAAAGUGUGAAUACCACCGCAGCGCGCGGUGACACACCGACCAGAGAUGAUGUGUUGGUAGCGGCGAGAUGUGGCAGUGAGUCGGCGACGUGAGGGGACAAAGGCAUAACAGGCAUAAAUGACGACAUAUACGAUGUUAAUGUGGUGGAAAAGUAUACCUCGGCGGCAGCUAGUAUGUUGCAGUGAGGCACAGUACAGCGUAGACGUGUUGAUAAGGUUGCUAAUAAGUCAAGCAAGAGCGAAAACUAAAGUUCUUCUACUAAAGUAAACGUACCGGAGGCAAAAGAGUAAACAAAUGCAAUAUACAAUUGAUUUCGUUUCAA